GAGCUGACAGCCACGGAGGAGAAGGAGCCCCCACCAGACUGUCCCCUGGACAGUGAGCAGCUGGGCCGUAGCACCUGGGCCUUCCUGCACACCAUGGCAGCCUACUACCCUGACAGCCCCACAAGGGCGCAGCAGGAGGAGAUGAGGGACUUCAUCCACCUCUUCUCGAAGUUUUACCCCUGCCAGCACUGCGCUGAGGACCUGAGGGACAGACUACAGCAAAACCAACCUGACACAAGCACCAGGAACAACUUCUCCCAGUGGCUGUGCCUCCUCCACAACGAAGUGAACAGGAAGCUGGGGAAGGCUGAGUUUGACUGCUCCCGUGUGGAUGAACGCUGGAGGGAUGGCUGGAAGGAUGGGAGCUGUGAUUAG